AUGGCAGCAGGAGCUCUGUUGGCUUUCCUCUUGUUCCUGAGUGUCAGUGUUCCAUGUCUGUCUGUUUAUAACAGCGGAGAAUGCUUCUUCAACACCAAAGGGAGCUGUGAGUACAUGGGGCAGCUGUACGGCAUUGGAGAGAGCUGGAUCACCUCCGACUGCUACCAGUGCGUCUGCAUGGAGCCUUUUGGAGUCGGAUGCUGCGACUAUGCAUCGAAGCCUGUGGACUAUCCAGACUGGUGCGAAAUCAUCCGGAAACCCGACUCCUGCACCAGCGUCGCCGUGAUGAGGGUCAAUCACAAGCUGCCCUGCCUCUGGGGACAAGGACGCCUCCGAACAGGGCAGCAGCCGUGGAGAUCUGACAAUGACCCUUUAUUUUGA